UGGGACAAAUUGUAUAAUUUUUACAUUUAAAAAAAUGACUUGACAAACUAUUUGCCAUUUCAAUCACGUUUUAUAGCUAAAAGUGGUUUUUGCAUAUCAAAAAGAUUAUGGUUCUUUAGCAAAGGCGUAUACAUGGGGUGGGGGGGAUAUGAUGCACUGAGCCCCCCCCCCGCGUUGGAAGCGUCAAAACGAUUUGAAAAGAUGAAAAAUUGUUAUAAUUAUAUCAAAAAUGUUGUUUACCCCAAAAAAUUCUAAAUUCAGUGAUAAAAUAAAAACCUUUAUUUUUUCUCUGGGUUUCAAUUUUAUUUCCAAGACAGUCGUUUUAUUUUGUACAUUAAAUAAAUGUGACAAUUACAUCUGAUCUCCAAGAAUCUAAAACUAAAUUAAAUAAAGAAAACAAUUUUAUUUAGUUUCAUGCAAAAAACAAAAACACAUAGUCAAUGAUAAUCAAAUGUUUAUUUUUUGUAAUGCAGAUAAGAGGGAAUGCUAUGCAGUAAUAAAGCUCAUUGUAACGAAAAAAGGAUUUAAUUCAGAAUGAAUUUAAAGAUGAAUGCUUAAAUAGAAUAUGUAGAAGUUACGGUGAAAUGAACCCGGCUUUUAUUGAUUCCGUUUCCUGUAAAUCCGCGUAACUACGCAUGGUUAACAUGUAAGAUGCGUCAGUUGACUUACAGCAAUGAUACGCAAAUAUUACAUGUGAGAAUACGCUGAAACUGUUCCUUGUUUUGUGAGAAAUAAAGAUGUUGGAGUUUAGAAUUUUCCUACUGUCGUUUCAGGUUUCUCUAGUGUACUGCCAGUACUAUCCACCGUACAGCACAGGAAGACCCUCUGAUCUUGAUCUUGUAGCCUACCCUUCACAGCUUCACACCCAUUUAGAGACCCAUCAAGGGCAUACUCAGGAUCAUCAGGGACAUACUCAGGCCCAUCAUGGGAAACCAGUGUUUACUGCUAUAGAUGUUGGACCAUUUAAACCUUGGAGUUUUCCCCCCAAAUACCAGACCGAUCCGUUAAACCAUCCUGUUCACAAUCCUUCAAAACAUCCUGGAUAUCAAACCAACAUCAUCAUAGAUCCAUACGCUAAGAAUGAUGAAGGGGUGGUGGAGAUAAUAACCCAGGACCUAGCAACAGGAGUACAUGUAGGACAAACUAGUUGGUCAGGGCCGGGAACCUUAACCCUGUCAUCACUUACUUCGUUGCACGCUGGAACCCCAGUCCAGAUCAAAGAUCCAAACAGUGAAUACGAAUUUAUUUCUCUUCCUCAAACUAAACCUUUCCGCCCUCCUUAUCAAUCCGCCCUACUCUCAUCCUCUUCUCAUCCUCAUCAGCAACCUCCUCAUCCUCAUCAGCAAUCUUCUCUUCCUCAACUGCAUCCUUCUUCUACUUAACUAACCCUUCUCGUCCUCAUCGACAACCUUCUCCUCAAUCCUAUCCUAUUCAACCUCAUCCUUCGCUAAAGGUGCUUGGGACUGGAUGCAGAAGAGAUUAUGACUGUGGUCUAGCACUAAACUCAGUCUGUGGAUUCAACAGUUUUUGUAAGGUAACGGAUGGGAACGGCUGUAAUCAGUAUAUUUGCCAAUGUCCCAAAGGUUUUAUUGGAAUCAGUAAUCAAGCCUUUGGUCAACACUCAUACAGAUUAUCUAAAAGAUCAACAAGAUACUACCAGGAGUGCAAGAAGUUGACCCAGUAAUAUAGGAUUAAAUAUAAUAUUAAGUUAU